ACUAAGAACUCAAAAUCAGGAACAUUUUGUUGAAAGAACACCCGAAGCAGAUCCGAGAGAGAAAAACAGUUUGUCCGCUUAUACGCCUCUAGAGGAAUAUGAAUCAAGUAUUGUUCACAGUUUUCCUGGCUUCGAUGGCUUGCUGUGCGUCCAGUUUGCCUACAUUUUGCAAGAAUCAAAGUGACCAUGUCGCUACCUGCCUGAAAGACGCCGGCUUGGAGAAAUUCUAUAAUUUCACUAGUGCAGGAAUAAUACCCAAAACCAAGGACCUACGUUUCUUCUGUGACAAAAAGAAAAUCUACGCAACAGGGGUAGACUGCAUGCAGAAAACUGUGAAUACGUGUAGUCCAAAUAUUCCUAUCAUCUUUUCGGGCUAUGACUACGGUUUGAGGAUAAUCACCGGUAUCUGCAACGACCCCAAAGUGAAUGUGCACUGCUACCUGUAUGUCAACACCAAAAAUGGGGAAAUGCGCAGCUGCAUCUCUCGGAGUAUUGUUGAUUAUUCGGGUACGGAGAGAGCGGAUUGUGCAAUCGUGACUGAGUCUCGUAGAUGCGUUGAAGAAGUGAUUAGGCCUUGCGAUGAGCACACUGCACAUUUUGCUGGACGGAUGAUAGACCCGGAAGUCGAACGAUUCUGUCGUCAUUAAUUUUUUCCUAGAACUGGUCACCUGUUUACUGUCGAGACAAGACCUUGCGAGAUGACGCAAGUUACAAACCUCGACGCUCAAGAUUAAUUACCAGAUUCGAUUUGUGUGACUUUUUUCUGCCAGGGGGAGGGGGGGGGGGGUCAAAUUCAAUAUCUGUUGCACAUGUUGUGAUGAUGUACACGUUCUGGUUUGUAGUGAUUUCCAACAGCUGUAUUGGCCAUUUUUAAAAGUUAAACGCAUUAUUCUUAAUAUUAUUUUGAGAAAAAAAGUAAGCGGGCUUUUCUAAUUAUUCUGGAAACGAAGGGUGUUCUGUCGUAACCAUUUAUUCCUCAGUUCUGUAUCGAUUAUAUAUUAUUAUUGCUUCGUGUGAGCCAAUAAACUGCAUUGAACGAAG